AGUUUGACUGUGAGCACCCAACGAGGUGGGACGUCGUCAGAACGGUGAUGUGAACCAUUCCGGGAAGUGACGCGACGACAGGCAGUGAUAACUCCAUUCUAUCACCUGACUAACAAUGAAUUUUUUGUGGUUCUCCAGAAAUUUUUAACCACUUUCGGCUGUCGAUUUGAUCAAGAGCAUCGCACCCAUGUAAAUGUGAAGCACGCGUUGUCACACAAAAAAAGCUCCAAAAACUUGUAAACUUUUGACUCAAUCUCCCGUGUGCUUGAGCGUUGAUUUGAGCUGUGAAAAGCCAUGGUGGGUGCAGAUUGCAAUUUUGCAGUGAUUUUACGAGUGCCAGUGGGUGCAUUUUGUAUGUGACAGUUUAAAUUGGACCCUGUCACCAGAGCCAUCGACUGCAUCAUCCCCCCAAAGUGGAUAUAGAGCGCAUUCAAUUGAGGAAGGCAUAUAGCGCACCCCAAAGCCAAAACCAAAGAUUUCCGGUUAAUUCGCGAAAAAUCCAUGUCAUCAAGUUCAUGUGGCUUCUUCCGGUGGGAACUGCAAUAGAGCCCCGCGCGCGCCAUUCAAGACAAACAAUUUGUGUCUUGUGGGUGGAAAAGAACUAUAGAAGCUUGUAAAAAAAAAUUCAAUUGGAAAUUCAUACAACACAAUACCCUUGGCGCGCGGAGUAAUUGAAUGAAAACCCGACGAUUUCUUGCACAAGUGACCAUGCAAAAUAGCACGAGUAUUGCAUUAUGGCUGCCGACGAUGAAGAAAUUCACGCGGAGAGAGUGAAGCAUUGAGCAAAGACGUACACACAAUGGAACGACGGACGCGUCCACCGGACGUGGAGGAGGCACUCUCAUCCAUGCUGUGGACCCCCUACGAGAGGACCCCAUCAGUGACGUCCUCGGAUGAAGGUGAAACAUCACCUAGUCGCACACAUAAGCCCAAAUCCGUGAGCUUCUCAGCGAGACCCUAUAGCAUGCCCUACUUCAUCCAAACACCACGCCAUCAGAUUACCAAACCGCCGUCUUAUGAAAAUUUCGUGUUCGCCAAGAAGAUCUCUGCACCACCAUCGAUGAAUAGUCUGCCUUAUGCGAGAAUACCACACUCGUUCACAGAUAAUUUUGUCCAGUACCCGGACUCCAUGGCGGGGGAUACAUUUGGGCAGCAUCCGAGUCGCUUCUCUGCAGGUGACUUUGGGGAUUUGGUGGAUCUGUCAUCGCUGACCGGCAAGGGCGACGCUAAGAUGUAUGCGUCGUCAUCGGGCUGCCACGGAGACCUACAUUUUUCUAAACGCGACACCGUCGUGACUGCACGAGAGGCAGCGACGACGGCAAAAAACACACUCGCGGAUCUACCUUCAGUGUUUGGGGUCAGUAAACCUCGUGGUGAUCGGUGUUCUAUGUAUGCGUCACGUGGUGCACCGCCGAGAGCCGAUCCGGGGGUACCGUCGGUUGCUUCGGCUGCUACAGCGGUGGGUAGUGCUAGUUGUGUGCGAGACAACCACUCGAGCGGGCGUGCGUUGUGUGCUGAUGAAGAAGUGGCCCGCAGAAGUGAUUUAGAUUGCCAUGCAGUGAUGAAGUUCAGUGUGCCCGCCGCAACUUGUACACCCGAGGGCACCUCCACUGUUAUCGUGGAGGAAGCACCACGCGCCACGGCGCCCAGCCUUACGAUUCACGUGAACCAGAGUGAUCAGGAGCAGGAUGUUGUGAAUCAACCGUCGGGUGUGAGUAUUGUUAAUUGUUAUCGAGCAGUGCCUGUGCAACUUGUAAAUAGUGCUAAGAGUGAAUCACAUGUGAAUGCCAAUGAGAGCGUGAUUGACACGCAAGUGAGUGGGUGUCCGCGUGAGGACGCACAAAGUGACCCAGAGCGCACAUUCACAUCCACGGAAGCCCAAACGGAUGACCUACCGGCACCGCGACGAUCACAGGAAACUUUUGUGCUAAGUGCGCGGGAACAGCGACGCAGGGAGCGUCGUGGGAGGCGACAGGUACGCACGCGGUCACAGCACAUCCAUCCACCAGGGGCGGUGGUGAGACCGGCAUUUGAAAUACUACCGGAUAUCCUCAACAGCCAUCUCCCGCCACCGUACUCAACACUCCCAAUUGAUACAUCAUCCCCGCCACCGCCACCACUCUUGCCACCACCGCUCAUCCCCACAAUUCCCGUGGGACCCGUUGUGGCGGCUCCCAAUGACACCAGAUACGUCUUUCCGCUGCCCAUCAUAAGACGGUCACCGUCUGAGCGUUCGGGAAAGGGAUGCUGUGGUCAGUGGUUUGCUGGACCCCCUUUGCGAGCACUCAUAGCAGUUGUAGCACUGGGUGGGGUAGCAUGUGCGAUCGGAGGAGCAGCCCUUGGUGCCACAGGAUUAGCCGGACCACCAUCCUCCCACUUGACGGCUGCUCUCCUGAUGAUAGGAGUGGGCAUAAUCCUUGUCACUGUGAGUGGAGCUGCGUGGCGAAUGACGGCUCCAGGGGCACCACCAUGUUUGGGUUUGGGUACAGGAGCUGACUUCGAUAGGUGCGGAAGACGACCCUGUAGUGGGAGAGGGGCACCACAUGGACUCCUCUAUCCGGAAUUCCAGCAUAGGCCUCCACCGCCAUCCUACCAGGCCAGCAUGCAGGAGUACCGACUCAGGCUCCUUCUACUCGAUCGAGAUCGCCAGGCAGGGGUUGUUCGGGGUGCAUCACCACCGCCCACGUAUCGAUCGGAUGCCGGAAGUCUCCUGAGGCCCUCAUUGCGCUGCAAUAGUCCAGCAAUUAGUAUCUUAGGCGCUAGAACGCAAACGGCUCAGACCACAGAGCACAGCCUACCGCCCAGCUAUCGUGCACGUAGUCGACAUCGCCGUGGUGGCUCACGCAUUCCCGAAGCCACCACAGACGUCAGUAUUACGCCGGAGCAGCAGCAGCAUUUGCAGCAAUUGGCGGUGGGAGCCACAGAGGCGACAGAACAGCCGCCGCAGAGAGUCAGUGAAAAUAGUCAGGUGACCCCAGAGGGUGCCACAGAGGGGAAUCACACAGCUGAAAAUGGUAGUGAUCCCAACACUUCAACGGACUCCAGGUGCUCCAGUAGGCAGAGUCAAAAUGACCUCGUGACCAUCGUGACCAUCUCAGGCACGUGCACAGAGGCCAGUGUACAGAACUCCACCAGUGAGAUGGACAUCCUCGCCCAUCUCUGAACAUUAGCAACGACCCGAGUCCUGUGCAGCGUUCAGAUACAAAGAGCUCCCCAUCCCCCUUAGAUAUAUAUGUAUACAUAGCUAUGAUAUGAGAGGAAAACAACUAAAACCAUGUGCCUGAUAAACGAAAGAAGAGAAGAUUAUAAAGAAUAGAAAAAAAAAGAUUAUUGUGUAAUAAUGUUGAAAGAGAAUUAAAUAAAUCAAUUGAAGAAAGCCA